GAUGCAAACUGUUAACGCAUCGUAAAAUCCCUUUGGAGAAACUCGGAAGAUGGCCACAACUUGGUUUGCUUGUUGUUUUUCAACACCCCCAACGCCAUCUUCUUCAUCAAAAAUCAAGCUUUUGUUCUUUGCAGUCCCGUUGAUCCUGGCAUCACUCGUUGUUUUUGUUCUGCUCCCAACAAACUCAACCUGGGAUCUCAUCUCUACCCUCCCUUCUUCCACCUCUAAUAGCAGCGAGAAACUUGCUGCAGCCGCGCCUGCUGAAGAACCAAUGGAUGUUGGAAGCCGCCCGGGAGAAGCAGCACCGUCGGAAGAGGCUUCGCCGCCACAUGCUUUUAAAGCAGUGACGAAAAUUCAAGAACUAAAUGAAACAAAGGAAGAGGGCUUAAAUACUACCACUUAUUGGGCAGCAAAUGGUACGAUAUUAUGCGUACAUGAAACCAUAGCUCUGCCCUUGAAACGAAAUGGUACGAUAUUAUGCGUAAAUGAAACCAUAGCUCUCCCCUUGAAACGAAGCAGAGGAGUUAGAAGCAAAUUAGAUAGAGUUGAAGCAGGUUUACAAAGAGCUCGAUCGGCCAUAAAAGAAGCAAAGAAUGGGAGCCAAUUACAAGAUCCUGACUAUGUACCAAAUGGUCCUAUGUAUUGGGAUGCCAAGGCCUUCCACAGGAGCUACCUGGAGAUGGAGAAACAAUUCAAGGUCUUCGUUUACAAAGAAGGGGAGCCUCCGGUGUUUCAUGAUGGUCCUUGCAAGAGCAUCUAUUCCAUGGAAGGAAAUUUCAUUUAUCAGAUGGAUGUUGAUUCCAAAUUCCAAACCAAUGAUCCCCUCAAAGCUCAUGUUUUUUACCUCCCAUUUAGUGUGGCAAAGAUGGUCCGAUUCGUUUAUUCGCGUGACACCCGUGAUUUUGGUCCCAUACGAAGGACCGUCAUUGACUACAUCAAUCUCGUUGCGCAGAAAUACCCUUACUGGAAUCGGAGCCACGGUGCUGAUCAUUUCAUGGUCGCCUGUCAUGAUUGGGGGCCAGAAGCUAGCUUUUCACUUCCUUACCUAGAAAGGAACUCCAUUCGAGCUCUAUGCAAUGCAAACACAUCCGAAAGAUUCAACCCGGUCAAGGAUGUCUCGAUUCCGGAAAUCAAUCUCCUAACCGAUAAAUUAACUGGUUUGAUCGGUGGACCAUCGGCUUCUCGGCGUAGUAUCUUGGCAUUCUUCGCAGGAGGGGUUCAUGGUCCGAUAAGACCAAUCCUACUCGAGCAUUGGGAAGGAAAGGAUGAAGACAUUAAGGUACAUAAAUACCUUCCAAGAGGUGGUAAUUACCAUGAAAUGAUGAGAAAUAGCAAGUAUUGCAUUUGUCCUAGUGGGUACGAAGUUGCGAGUCCGAGGAUCGUCGAGGCAUUGUACAACGGAUGCGUUCCGGUGCUUAUUUCAAAGAGCUAUGUGCCACCAUUUAGUGAUGUUUUGAGAUGGAAAUCGUUUUCUGUGGUGGUUUCGGUCGACGAGAUCCCGAAACUGAAGGAGAUAUUAACGAGCAUAUCGACAAGGCAGUAUAUAAGAAUGCAGAGGAGAGUGUUGCAAGUAAGAAGGCAUUUUGUGUUCAAUUCGCCGCCGAAGCGAUUCGAUGUGUUUCACAUGAUACUUCACUCGGUUUGGCUUAGAAGACUCAACGUUAGGAUCAGUGAGGAUGAUUGGAGUCGUGGGUAAUUGAUGGCAGAUUUUAGAAGUAAUUAAUCAUUUCUACUGAAUUCGAAUUUGGUUGUAGAUUUACAUGUGUUUUCUGUGUACG